ACAAAUAACUUACUUUCAUGUUACUAUUUAAAAAUUACAUUUUUAAGCAUGCUUAACUCUGGGUAUAAUAUAAGCAGUUAAGCAUAAAAAACAAUUUAUAGCCACUUUAUUUCAAUGGUGCACAUUCCUAAAUUUCUUUAAUUGAAAUUAGUGCAUCUUAAGCAGAUAAUCCACUGUACUAUACCAAUGCAGUUAUACUUCUAUAAAGAUACAUCAUUUGCUUGCAGAAUUGGGACAAAAGUAGAAGAUAUGUUAAGUGUGUUAAAAGCAGAGGGUGCUACAUUUUAUCUAAAGUAGAAUACUACCAAAUGAGAGAAAACAAUAGUUGCUUCUUUUCACAAUCUUGGCUGGAAAUGAUGGCAUAAUAGACCACCCUUCUUGUGUCUUUAACAUAAAAUGUUAGUAAAAAUCUCUCUUUAAAACUGUCAAGAUAGGCUAUUUGAAACAAAGCAUUAAAUAAUUACUUUUCCAUGAAUGUGUUUAUAUUUAUAAAUAAUGUUCAAAAUUUAAAGUACUGUUGCCCAAUGUUCUAUACGAGUAUCUGCAUAGAAUUUCUUCUAAGGUAUCUCUGCUCAAAGAAAGAAAUAGGAUACACUAUAACAAGAAAUGUUUUUCUGUAGCUUUUAAAGCAUCUUUUCUUACCAUUAAACACUGUUAGUAACAGUUGCCAUGCAAAUGUUCUGUUGGAGCAUUGCAGAUUUAAGGUGAAAUUCUGAAUGGUUAGAUGCAGUCUUCAUCCUUAAGAGAUGUGUGGGGAGGAAAAGAUCUUGGUAAUCUAUAAAUAAGAAAGGCAAAUUCUACAAAGGAUUCAUGAUGAUCCCUUAAAUUCAGAGGCCAACUGAAAACCAGUGCUAAUAUAUGCACGCUUUUGUGCCACAUAUUCAGGAUGAACCAGAUUUGAUUAUGAAAGCAAGACAGCAUUAAACAAUAAGGAAUGAUCUUACCACGCACUGAACAAUCUUUAACCUCAGAAAAUGUCUGCUUGCAAUGCCUUCACUGAACAUGUGUGGAAACCUGGUGAAUGUAAAAAUUGCUUCAAGCCAAAAAACUUGCAUCAGCCGCCUCCAGGCCCUGAAAAAGCUCCAGUCUCAAAUUCAAAUAUAAAAACCAAUGCAAUUCACAGCAACCAGCAUAAUAAGAAUACAGGAAAUUUUCGGCCACCUGUGGCAAAGAAACCCACCAUUGCUGUGAAACCCACCAUGGUGACAAUAGAUGGACAGGGUAUGUGUGGUGAAAUUGCCUCACAAGAUCUUUGUGAGAACAAACCAGCUCUUGUAGGUUGGAAUCAAAAUACAACUGUUUUGAAGAAAAAGCCACUGAAUAAUAACAACAAUAAUGAAGAAGAAGAAGAAGAAGAGGUUGAAAAUUACAGCCAUAUUCAUAGGUCUUUUGGAAAUAAUGAUGAUACAGAUAAAGCUCCAAGCAACAAUAAUGGUCUCACUGAUGUAUUGAAGGAAAUUGCUGGCUUAGAUCAUUCAACUUUCCUAACAAGAAAUGAAAUUAAUUCAAGAGAAGUAUUCUUGGGACGAAUAAACACUUGUUAUAAGAAGUCAUUAGAAAGAAAGAUCCCUCCAAGUUGCCUGAUGGGUGGAACAAAGUCACAAAAUAAGCAUGUUGUAUUGAGUGGAACCACUGCUGUAAUAAGCAGUGAAGGGGGCCGUUUCUGCUACCCUGAAUUCUCCAGCGGAGAUGAAAGUGAGGAUGACCUGUUUUUUGGCAGCAUCCAUGAUGAUCAUGAGAGCUGGGAUGAAAGUGACGAAGAGUUGCUAGCAAUGGAAAUUCGCAUGAGGGGACAGCCACGUUUUGCUAACUUUAGGGCGAACACGCUGUCACCUGUUCGAUUUUGUGUUGACAAGAAAUGGAAUACAGUGCCUUUAAGGCAUAAGUCUCUACAGAGAUUUUGUGCAGUAGAUUACGAUGACAGCUAUGAUGAAAUUUUGAAUGGCUACGGAGAUGACCCUGUAAUUCUUUUUGGACCGGAAGGCGUGCAGAGCAUGGUUUCAUCUGAUUCUAUGUCCCCUGAUUCUUCUCUGACUGAAGAAUCUCAUUCCGGAACGGCCAGCAGUUCUUCCCAAAAGCUUUGCAAUGGUAGAGUGUCUCCUAACAGUCCUAAAGGUAGCAGAUUAAUGGAAGGAGGAUGUGAUAACAGGUUUUCUGAUGACCAGCAAGUUAAAGUUUCAAUUAAAAACACUCAAAACGCUACCCAGAUUGUAGAGACCCACAAAGCUGUGCUUGCUAUUAGGCUAGAAGAAAAAGAUAGCAAGACUGCUAUCCCCAGUGAUAAGCAAGAAUGGAAAAGUUCUUUAAAUAUGCCAGUUCAGACAACAACUACAAAUUUGAUCCCCAUGGAAGAACAGGCAAAGCCUUACAGAGUAGUAAAUAUGGAACAACCAGUGUGCAAACCUUAUACGAUAGUGGAUGUAUCAGCAGCCAUGACCCAUGAAAAUAUAGAGAAUCGGGCAAAAAAACUGGAUACCAGAUACAUUCGGUCUAACCCAAAUUCACCAGAUGCCCUCAGUACAAAUGCUAUGUCUCAUUCUGUGUCAUGUGGGCAAGUAACUCCUAAUCUUAAAAAAUCCAACACUGCCAGAUACCAGGAAGUUUGGACUUCCAGUACAAGUCCGCGACAAAAAAUCCCCAAAGUGGAAUUAACUGCCAAUGUUCCAGAGCCUUCUGUUCCUGUAAGGAGAAAUAUCCAUAAAUCUGCUCCCACUUCACCUACAUCAACACAUAUUUCUACAAAAACAAUCCCGGUCAAGUCCCCUAACUUGUCCGAAAUAAAAUUCAACAGCUAUAAUAAUGCCGGCAUGCCCCCCUUCCCAAUUAUUAUUCAUGAUGAGCCAACUUAUGCUAGAUGUUCCAAGAAUGCCAUCAAAGUUCCUAUUGUAAUAAAUCCCAAUGCAUAUGACAACUUGGCCAUCUAUAAAAGCUUUUUAGGCACUAAUGGAGAUCUUUCCUUUAAAGAUAAAACCACUAGUAUCAUCAGCCAUACGUAUGAAGAAAUAGAAACAGGAAGCACCGUAUCUGAAAAUAUACCUAAUAGGUCUGCAGAAUUACCCCAAGCGAAAGGUUCAGGCAAUAACACUGAGAGGAGACUGGGCUCUGUAGCUCAGAAGGUUCAGGAAUUCAAUAGCUGCCUUGGAAAAGGUCAGACUUCACCCAAAAUGUCUUGCCGUGGCUCCCCAACAAAAAUACAAAGAACUUUUCAGGAUUCUUUAGCUGAAGUAGAUGAUAAUCAGGAACUAUCUAAUGACAGUCGGGAAAAUGCCUGUGCAGUACUGUCACAGAUCGUAGCAUCAAUCCAACCUCCACAAUCUCCCCCAGAAGCCCCUCAGGCUGGCCCUAAGUCUUGCAGUGUUGAAGAACUCUACUCUCUGCCUCCUGAUGCAGACCCAGACAAGAGCGCCCCAGUGCGACCAAAAUCACUUUUUUCAGUGCAACCUCAUCCUAAUGCUGAGGGAAUCAAAUCCACAGAAGUUACGGUCAAGGAAAUCCCUUCUAAAUCUCCAAUCGUGCAGCCUUCAAGACUCAUGGCAACUUCUCCGAGUCCCAAAACUGAGCAGGCUCCCCCUUUCCCACCUCCCCGGUCCACCUCUUCACCUUAUCAUGCCAGCAAAGUGUUGCAAAAACAUUUCAGCAAUCGGAGCAAACCCCUGAGCCCAGCUAGAUCCACUGAGGCUGAAUCCGUUUUGCAUUCAGAAGGUAGGCGAGCGGUUGAUGCAAAGCCAAAGCGAUGGAUAUCCUUUAAGAGCUUCUUUCGCCGCAGAAAGACCGAAGAAGAGGAGGACAAAGAAAGAGAGAAAGGGAAACUUGUGGGUCUUGAUGGGACUGUCAUUCAUAUGCUUCCGCCGCCUCCCGUCGAACGUCACAAUUGGUUCAGUGAAUCCAGAACAGAUGCCAAUGAAAAACCGUCCGUGGUUUUUAUGUUUAAAUGUGAUCAGGCAAAGUUGGAAACAAAAACCAAUCAAACCAAAACUGAAGUGGAGCCCACCAUUGAAGUCAUGACAGCCGAGAGGGGAGAGGCCGAAAACUAUCCAGAGACACCAGAAGAAAACUUAAAGAGCCAUCCCUCUUCACCUCAACUUCCAAAGGAAAUUCUCAGCUCACCAGACCCCAGUGGAAUAAAUGCUUCACCAGAGUUUCGAGACAUGAUUAAAAGGCUCAAGAAGGCUCUGAGAGAAUUUCCUUUAAUGGGGAACUGUGUGAGUGAGUAUAGUGGUCAAGUGCCUGACGAGAAAACAAAACCUGUGGAAAAUGUGUCCCCUCCAAUUCCAACUUCUGCAUUUGAAAAGCAGGAUGUUGACAGCCCUACGUUCCGCACUCCAGAAAUAUUACAGUUGGAAGAUGAGAGAGAAGAAAUGUCUGAUUCUUCUGAUGUGAGUGCCUGCAGUGCUACCUAUAGUAACUUGGGGCAAUCCAGAGCAGCAAUGAUGCCUCCAAAGCAUCCCCGGCAAGUCAAGGGAGCUUUGGAGGAUGCCAUUGCAUUUGGCGGAAUAUCCGAUCCAGAAAUAUCAGCCAUCUUAAAUCCCACUCCACCUCCACUGCCAAAGAAGACCAUUUUGAGGGCACACACCGAACCACUCCCGAAAGACCUCCAGAAGCAGGCUGUUGAAAGUAGCCUCUGUGUGAUGGCUAACCCUACCUAUGACAUCGACACUAACUGGGAAGGAAGCAGCAUCUGCUCUUCUGUCAGCUCAGAAUUCAAGGCAGUGGACAAUGAAUCUGGGGAUUCUCUGGGCAGACCCCCAGAAAAGGCAGCUUCACCUACCACCAACCUCGCUGCUCUCCGUAUGAAGAAGAGCGGUUCCACUAGCAUGGAGUCUGUCUCCAUUAGGCCUGUUACCCACAGUAGGCAGGGUAAAGCUGGCCCAAAGCCCCAUCAGCAAGCGCUUUAUAGAGGAAUUGAAAACAGGGAAGAGGUGGUGAGCAAGAUCAGAAGCCUUCACGCAGAUUCACUGAAGAAACUGUCCGUCAGAUGCGAGGAUCUUUUUAUGGCCGGACAGAAAAAUCAACUUCGAUUUGGGGUAGACAGUUGGUCGGACUUCAGAUUAACCUGUGACAGGCCGUGCUGCGAGGCAGGAGAUGCUGUAUACUACCCUGCUUCUUAUGCAAAAGAUUCACUCAACAAUUAUGCAGUGAAGAUUUGUAAGAGCAGAGCUAAAGAAUCCCAGCAGUAUUACCACAGUUUGGCCAUUCGCCAAAGCUUGGCUAUUCAUUUCAACAUACAGCAGGAUUGUGGCCACUUUCUGGCAGAUGUACCUGUUCGUCUCCUUCCAUGGGAAGAUCCCAAUUCACCUGAAGAAGAGGAUGAGGCUGAACAGAAGAGCGAAGAGAGCCUCUCUUCGGUGGACGUUUCCCAGGAUAGCCCAGGUCCCCAAACCACCAUCAGUAAGCAGCGCAGCAGAGUUGUUGUUAUUACCCGGGAGGUUCCCUAUCUAUCAGUGGCUGAUUUUGUGCAAAAUUCUGUGGAGCACCACUCUAGAUGUCCCGAUUUGUAUGAAAGACAAGUGUGCCUACUACUCUUACAGUUGUGUUCCGGUCUAGAGCACCUAAAACCAUAUCACAUCACCCACUGCGAUCUGCGUUUGGAGAAUCUUUUGCUAGUAGGCUGUCGGCCAAGCAAAAGCCUUCUGAACCCUGACUCAGUGGAGCUCAACCCCAGUGCUGCUUGCCCCACCCGGCUUUUGGUGAGCAAUUUCUCCCAAGCCAAGCAAAAGAGUCAUAUGGUGGAUCCGGAGAUUCUGAAGGACCAGUCUCGCCUCGCCCCAGAAAUCAUCACCGCCAUGCAGUAUAAGAAAUGUGAUGAGUUCCAGACUGGCAUCCUCAUUUACGAAAUGUUGCACCUGCCCAACCCUUUUGAUGAGAAUCCAGAGCUGAAGGAGAAGGAAUACACUUGGGCUGACCUACCCCAAGUCCCUCGCCGGUCACUUUAUUCCCUGGGGCUUCAGAAGCUGGCUGCUUGCCUGCUAAACCCCAACCCAUCCGAAAGGAUCCUGAUCUCUGAGGCCAAGGGCGUCCUCCAGUGUUUGCUUUGGGGUCCUCGGGAGGAUUUGUUUCAGAGUCUCAGGGCCUCUGCUAAACCUUCCCAAAGGGAGGCCGUUCUCCAAAACUGGCUGGACAUCAAACGGACCCUGUUGAUGAUUAAGUUUGCCGAAAAGUCUUUGGACAAGGAAUGUCAAGUCAGCCUUGAAGACUGGCUUUGUUGUCAGUAUCUGGCUUUUGCCACUAUAGACUCGCUCAGUCGCAUAGUGAAAAUUAUGCGGCAGCAUUAGUUGCCUAGAGUGGUUGCUUCACUUGGAUAAGCCCAAAUCCUUUCCUUGGCACAAAAUUUCAUGCUGGGUUAACAUUCUUAUCUAGGUCUUGAGGUCACCAGCACUGAGCAAACAGAUUUCGACAGGAAGUUCCAUUUCCAGUCUUGCACGCAUGGGAGAGGUCUGAAAACCAUCACACCACUGUGAGUGGGCGAGGAAGGUGAAAAUGUAGUAAGGAAGUCAUUAUUUCUGAUAUGCCUGUUCUGAAGCAGAGUUGCUAUAAUGACUGAAAACAAAUGAGUCAUCCCCAAUCGAGCACCAAAAUCUAAAAAAAAUAUGACCUCCCAACCCUGUGAUCUUUGUCAGUUUAUCCCCAUUUUUAAUCCAAUUUACUAGACACAUUUCCUAGAUGCGUAGCUUUUGCAGGAUUUGGGAGGAAGGUCACAUUCUUGAUCUAGGGGAGAGGGCAGUGAUUUAAUGGUACUCACUGCCUCCUGAAUAAUUAUCUUUAUAACAGGGGAAAAAAAGGUUAUAGAAUUGAGGGAUGGAAGAAUAGGGGUGGUUUUCCCACUGAGUUAUACCCCCUGUCCACACCCUUUCCCUGAGUUCUCUUUGUAAAUGUAUUUUUCCUUUAUUUUGUCAUUUUUUUAAUCUGAUUUUUCAGAUUUAGUCAUCACCUCAAUAUACUGCCAACUACUUCCUUUAAUGCAGCGAGCAGGAUCAGUUAAGAUUAUUGAUGAAGUAUUAACUCAUAAUGUUGCUAACUACGUGCAGCAUAAGAACCUAAGGGCAACUGAAGCCCACACAUAUUUUUUUUAAAAAACUGUCCUCGUAUUCUUACCCAGUUGAUGUAUAUAUUAAAUCAAGGGCUGGUUGCUUUUUGAAAAGUAUUCAGUAUUGCACUGCCAUUUUCCAAAGCAAAGUGAAAGCCAGCUACGCUGACAGCUGCAAAUAUUUCUUAAAGCUCAGCUUGGUGUGAUAAGUAAGCUGCACAGCUAGAGAUAGGCUUUCCACAGCCAUGGUUCUCAGAAGGAAGUGGUCACAGGAACAAAUACUCUGUGUGAGUUCCCUGAGAGCUGAUUAUUUGGGCAGACACAAUUAAAUUGUGCCCAUUGCAGCUUCCUUUGGAAUUGACUUCAUAGCUGCUAUCAGGAUUUUUAAGUGAUUACUUUUGAAAUUCCAAAAUUGUAGAGAUAUCACUGACCCUUGCUGAUUCUGAAGAUGUUUUUGCACAUGAAGGUGACUUUAAUGGAGAAAUAUGACUGGCUGAAGGUGUGUUUGGCCUUUAGACCUCUCGUCUGACUUCCUUAACCCAUCACACUCGCCUUUUCCUGCAGAGGCAGUUUAAUCCCACUGUAUCUAAUCUGUCUGCUCAGUAUGGUUAGGGUUGCUUGAAUUAGCUCUGAAACUGUGGAGCUGCUGACCAGUAUUGAAUUCCCAAAUCUGGGGAUGUUUGUUGGAACAUGGAUAGCUCUUGUGUUGAGCCUGUGCUUCUCUUCUGGAUAUAUGUGCAAUUUUUGGAUAUAUUAUAUGAAAAACUGUUUAUGUUUACGUUACACGACAGAUGUAACCAUAUAUUAGACCUGCCUUCCCUUUUUUUUCUUACAAGGCACAUAGAUGCACAAAGUUGUGUGUUAUUUCUAUGGAUUGGUGUUUCUGUUUCUUUAUUGUUAAACUGUGACUGAUGUGUUUACUUCAGCCUUUGAGACAAAUAGCCACUUUGAACAGAAUAUUGCAGGUUUGGACCAGAAAUUAAAAGAUAAUCUGCAGAAACUAGAUCUGACUCUAGGCUCAUGGAGUAGAAUGUGGCCCCUCACUUAAUGGAAACUGAGCCCAGUAUAGAAUAUGUCGUGGCUUCUUGAAAUGUUUGAAAUCUUUCUCCUUCCAUAUCAUAUUGGAGAAAGUUCGACUAGAAUUCAGGACAAUGUGUGUGAAUGUUAUAUUACUUUAAAACAAAAGUGCAAAAAUUGUUUGCAUGUGAAGAGCCAGACACACUGGCCCCUAGAAGGUAAAUUGUGAGUGUUGUACAAUUGGCCACCAAAACAAGCAUUUGCUAUGAGUGCACUACAGAACUGUUCAGAGUGUCAAAAACAUGAAUUGUGGUCCUGCUUGAAAUACUGUAAAGUGACUAUAUACACCUUUGUGAGCGUACUUUGCUCACAGCCUGCUGCCUGCUCUUCACGCUGGGCUUUUUCUCCAAUUAGGUAUGCUUCUAAUUGAUAUAUGCAUGUACAUAAACAUUCAUUUAGCUUACUUACUUACCACCAUGGUAGGCUAUAUUCCGUAAGGCCACUUUACAUAGUUUUGCGUGUAAGAUAAUUGCAUUGUGUCCCUCUCAUGUUGAUAUAACCUGUAAAAUAGACUAUUGAAUGUUUUAAGAUGGCCAUGCAUAUUUUAUGCAGCAGCUCCCAAAUGUCAUACGUUAUCUUUCAGAUAUUAUUAGCAUUGUGCACUCCAUUCAAGCAGAGGUAUGUGCUCACUGCCAUCUCCUUUUUAUAUAAUACUAGCUGAACUUUGAAAAUGAAGGAUAGUAAUGUGAUUGCUCUGUAUCGGUGAGUAUUUGGGUGUAUGUGAGUGUGAGAGGUGGGGGGAGGAGGGAGGGAGGGAGAUGCAGAGGGAUACGUAAAGAUACAGUAUAGCCGAUGCUUCCAGAUUUGGUGGACCCUGGGACUACUUUUGCAAACAAUCCUAUUGAAACCCAGUUGCCAUAUGGAUAUUCUGCCAUUUAAGAGAUUAGCCAGUCCAAACUGAUGGACAAAUAAUAAACUGGAACAAAAUGUUGCAGUAUCAUUUCUGAACAAAAUGAAAUUCUUCCUUGUUUGUAUAAUUAGCUGCUGUGAUCAUAAAGCAUUAACUUAAAUAUAAACCUACUUUUACUACAUUUUAAAUACAUGUGUUAAUGGAGUGCAAGGGAUUGUAAUUUUCAAAUAGCCAUACUGACUGUAAAUAGAUAUUUUUCUUACAUAGAUAUAUUUACAAAUUGUAAAUAUAUUUUUGGAGAGCUGCUGCUAAAUUUAUAUUAGCACAAUGUCUACAAUUUUCCUAAUGGCAAACAAAAAUUAUCUGAAAUUCAUUUUAAAUUGAAACAGUUGAAUACAUCUUUCCUGGAACAUUUAGUGUCAUUAAUCUUUUCUGGGGUAGCAGCCUGGAUCAGUAAUUAAGUGUGCUAAGAACAUUGCCUCGUCACAGAUAUAAAGCUAUUAAGAGGAGAAUUCUGUGGUGGGAAUUGCCCAGUGCCAGCUACGGAUUUAAUAAUAAAGCCUAUAUUUUAAAAAAAAGAGAAUAAAAUUACCUGUUCUGCAUGAAACUAACAAUCUCACCAAAAGAGCACUAUUUGGUUAAAUAAAUCCAAGAGUUCUAUUGACAUUAUUGAAAAAGAAAAUGAAAUAGUAACAUCUUCCAAAUCUGCAAUUUCUAUAGAAUAAAGCAAGCCACGGUUUUAAAAUUUCUAGACAAAAUAAAACUGGGGAAAUUCUUACAUUUUUCAGAUGACAACCGAUAGGGAAGACAAACUGCUGCUAAUGCUGCUAAGAUGGAUCGGACCUUUAUCUACCUUACACAGUGCUGUAAAACCUAAAAUGUGAAGAGCAGCAAAGUUCAGAGAAGUGGCAAAAUAUUCAGAAGAAGCUGGAAGCAGAAAACUUGGAGUCAUUAAUACCUUUUCAAUAUUAACAAGGCCUGACUGGGUCCCCUUCCCGAAAUGUGUUAAAUGAGGCUUACAGCUUGCCUCGAGUGAUAACUAUGUCACAAUUUUUAUGUCUCCCAACCUGUUGCCCUGUUCAAGCAUAGCUUUCCCCAUACUGAUGCCAAAUCCCAGAAUCCGUGGCCAGCAUGAUAUCAGUUUUAAAAAAACUGCUCUAGCCCGAUCAAGAAAUGGCGCUCAGGAUAGGCCACACGAGAACAUAAAUGUUUCUAAAUGGCUUUGUUCUUAGCUGCUAUCUAGCACUCCAAUGCUCCCCAAAACACCCACCUUAUAAAGGAACAGAUGUAGUCUUGGAAGUAUGGAAUUGGAGAACUGAACAUGGAAAUAGUAGCAUCUCCUCCAUUUAGAAUCCCCCUCUCCCGCCCUAUAAAUACUCUGCCUUUAAUAAUAGCACACGUUUUUGCAAGUAUGUUUACACAUUUCAAGAACAGGUAGUCCUAGACCACAAUUGAGCCCAAAAUUUCUAUUGUUAAAUGAAACAGUUGUUAAGAAUCAAUACAGUUGAUAAGUUAGUAACCCGGUUAAGUGAAUCUGGCUUCCCCAUCGACAUGCUUGUCAGAAGGUUGCAAAAGGGGAUCACAUGACCUUGGGGCAGAGCAACGUUCAUAAGAACGAACCAGUUGCCAAGCAUCCAGAUUUUGUCACAUGAUCAUGGGAUUGCUACAAAGGUGGUAACGGUGAAAAACACACACAAAUAGUUUUUUUUUGGUGCCAUUGUAACUUUGAACAGUCACUAAAUGAACUGGUAAGUUGAAGACUACCUGUAAAUGCAACAAGAGAAUUUCUGAUUAAUAUUCACUGUACAUUCAAGAUAUUGCUAUUGUAUAUGGGCCUAAUAAAACAGCCAGACCUCUGUCCAGUUUUACUAAAGUAGCAUAAUGAUUGGUAAAAGCACGGGGAGAGCCAAUUUGGCAUCAGGCAAGAAAUUGGGAGACAACUGAGUGACCUUGGGCCAGUCAUUCUCAGUCCUAGGAAGGAGACAAUAGCAAACAGCGUCUGAAAAACCUUGCCAAGAAAACUGGGGACUUGUCCAGGCAAGUCUUUGAAACACAAUUGAAUGAGGGGGGGAGGGGGGAGAAGCAUGGGAGGGAAAUUGCCUUGUUUUGUCCCAUUGUACAAAUGAAUGUACUUCAAAAUGCUUUGUGAAUCUACUGAUUUGAGCUACACUUAACUAUUUGUAUUGUAGGAUUGCCAUCCCUAUACCCAGGAACUUUAUUAAGAAUUAUGAAUUCCUAAUGACAUUCUAUCCUAACAUUUCCCUUUCCAUCCAACUUUUUGUUGGACAGCUGUUUGCUAUAAUGCUUGAAGCAAGGUAGAACAGGCGGAGGUUGGGAAAACUAUCGCUGAACUUGUUCCAGAGUGCUUCCUUUAGCUUUGCACCGAUGCUGGCUUCCAAUUCCUUGACUGUUCCUCCAGUCCCGGAAUUAAGAAAGUUUGAUAUAUAUUUUAAUAAUGGAAGGAAAUUGUCAAGUGUCUAUAUUUUUAUAAAUGAAUUCUACUGAACUAUAAGCAUAAUCCAAUUGGUUUUUAUGCUAAGUGUAUUAUAUAUUUGAAUAUACGUUUCUUGAAUUUUAAAAAUUCACAUAGUAGGCCUCUCUUUCAAGGUGUUUGCAAUAGGCACCUCCAGAAUCCAGCUGAACCUUCCUUAACCUGAUGCUCAGAGAUGCUGGAGCUGCCAGCUGGGGAAUCUGUGAUUUGUAGUCCCAACCAAGAUGGAGGCUUCAGGCUGGGGAAGGGCUACUCCAGAGCAAACUCCUCUGCCAGCCUGCAGUUUGGUACAUAUUGUUACUGAUGCAGAUGGGCCUUUUCCAAAACGAUGUUUCCAAUGUACCAUUUGUUGACUUGAAUUCAGACUUGGAAAGGUUUUUAUCCUGAGGUGGUUUUGUGCGUGUGAUUUUUUUUUAUUAUUAUUAAUUACAUUGAGCAUUAUGUGAAAAGAUCUGUUUUACUUUUAUUUGGGAAGACAAAAGUAUUUGAAGCCAAAAAUUCCUAUUCAAAUCCAGUUUUAUAUGGUAUUUCUUUUCCAGUGCCUAAAGGAUGGGGAGGGGGGGGUAAGGUUCUGUGCCCCUUCAGCAAAUCAUUGUAUUUGGAGUUCACUGCAUUGCUCUGUCGGGUGCUUCAUCAUAAUUUAUAUUUAUCUAUUCUUAUAGCUAUCUUAUACCGGUUUUGUGUUCAGACGGCAGUUACACUUUGCUGUGGUACUUUGCAGUGUACUCUGUGACAUACAUGUUAUUAUGUAAAUAAACCAGUUUUAUUACGCUGAAAAAUCCAA